UAAGCUGCCUGUAACCCGGCGGUAGACCAACCUAGACGCGGUCCAUAAAACCCCCCAACCACGCACGAUCCAUCCAUACCGGUACAUAGUUCCUGCCGAGAAUGCCCUAUCGAUGACAGCACUAGAUACUUGACCUCAACUUUGGCAUAUCGAACACUGAGGCCAAUUAUCACAUUCCCUUGUCAUCAUGGCUGCAAAUUACUGGGCAUCAACCCAACGACGACACUGGCUGUUUACGCGUGAGAAGCUGGCGGAGAUCCGCGAAAGCUUCAAGGAGAAAGACAAAGUCGCUCAUUCGCAGUUUCCUUUGCCGGAUCAAAGGCUGCUCAAUAUCUAUUUUAGCCAGCAAUUGAUCAAGCUUGGCAAGAGAAUGUCCACGCGACAACAAGCGCUAGCAACCGCACAAGUAUACGUCAAACGCUUCUAUACUAAGAAUGAGAUCCGGCACACGAAUCCCUACCUGGUCGUGACCACUGCAUUCUAUCUCGCUUGUAAAAUGGAGGAGUGCCCUCAACAUAUCCGCUUUGUUGUUGGGGAAGCUCGGGGUCUCUGGCCAGAAUUUAUUGCCCCAGAUGUAUCGAAGCUGGGCGAGUGCGAAUUUUCUCUCAUCUCCGAGAUGAGCUCGCAGCUCAUCGUCCAUCACCCCUAUCGAACCUUAUCCGAACUCCAGCCGGAGCUAUCGCUUACGUCGGACGAGGUAGCACUUGCCUGGUCAGUGAUCAACGACCAUUAUCUGACCGACUUGCCACUUUUGUACCCACCGCAUAUCAUCGCCGUCAUGGCGAUCAUUGUUGCCGUUGUUUUUAAGCCAAGCCAGACCAGUUUUCACGGCUCCGCCGCACCAUUGGCUGGAGCGAUGCGAGAUGGGGGCUUGAACAUCCUGGCGGCAUUGAGUGAUAAAAACGGAAGUGGUCCUCCGGCGCGGAUUCAGAGGCUAGUCGCAUGGCUAGCUGAGAGUGAGAUCGACAUCAAAGCAGUCAUCGAGUGCACGCAAGAGCUAGUCUCGCUUUACGAAAUAUGGGAGCAGUACAGUGAAAAGCACUGCAAGGAAUUGCUGGGUCGUAUGGUUAAAACCAAGAACCUUGACAAGUGAGGUUGGGCUUGACUCGAAUGAUGUUUGUACCCCGCAAUGAAAACAAGUCCUAAGCCUCGUUUGUGCGACGUUCCCGGACGGCAG